AUGAAGGCUGUCCAGUGGGCUGCGUCGCUCGUCGCGGCCUGCAGCCUGUUUGCUGGCUCGUAUGCCACCGAUGUCGACCCCAUUGUGAUCAAGGGCUCUCACUUCUUCUACAAGACGAAUGGAACCGAAUUCUUCAUCCAGGGAGUCGCGUAUCAAGCCUCCGACACCAACAACACCAGCUCUGACACCACCUACGUCGAUCCGCUGACCGAUCCUGCGGGCUGCCAGCGCGAUAUCCCUCUGCUGAAAGAACUGAGAACCAAUGUCGUGCGCGUCUACUCCAUCAAUCCCGACCAGGACCACAGCGAGUGCAUGAGCAUGCUUGCAGAUGCCGGUAUCUACCUGAUUGCCGAUCUCUCGCAACCCUCGCAGUCGAUCAAUCGCGACUCGCCCGUCUGGGACACCGAUCUGUACAACCGGUACACGUCUGUCAUCGACGCCCUGGCCAACUACACCAACGUGCUGGGCUUCUUUGCUGGUAAUGAGGUGACCAACAGCAACCUCACGACCGGCGCCAGUCCCUUUGUCAAGGCCGCCAUCCGGGACAUGAAGGCCUACAUCAAGCAGAAGAACUAUCGCGCGAUCCCGGUGGGCUAUGCCGCCGACGACGACGCUUGGAUUCGCGAGCAGGUCUCAGCCUACUUUGACUGCGGCAGUGACGACGAGCGGGCCGAUUUUUGGGGCCUCAACAUCUACGAAUGGUGUGGCAAUUCCACCUUUGAACAGUCGGGCUAUGCCGAUCGGACCAAGGAUUUCUCCAAGUUCGAUAUCCCCGUCUUCUUCUCCGAGUAUGGCUGCAACACCGUGCGGCCACGGGAGUUCACUGACGUGCCGGUGCUGUUCGGCCCCCAGAUGACGGGGGUCUGGUCGGGAGGAAUUGUCUACAUGUAUUUCCAGGACACCAACGACUAUGGUCUCGUCACUGUCAGCGGCUCAAGUGUCAGUAAACUGCCGGAUUUCACGGCAUAUUCGAGCCAGAUGGCCAAGAUCAGCCCCAGUCUCACAAACAUGGCCGACUACAAGCCCAGCAAUACCGCCAACCUGCCCUGUCCGACGCAGAACGCGUCGUGGGCGGCAGCCACGAAUCUGCCGCCAACUCCGGACCUGGAGCUGUGCAACUGUAUGUCGUCAACGCUGGAGUGCGUGCCCAAGGCCAACCUAGCCGAUGAGGACGUGGGCGAAUUGCUGGGCGUCGUCUGCGGCCUGUCGCAGACAGCCUGCGAGAGCAUCAACGCCAACGGAACAACCGGCGUGUACGGGGAGUAUUCGGGGUGCGACGCGUCCGCACGACUGGCCUACGCGCUCAACGCCUACUAUCAGGAGCAGAGCAGCAAGGGCAACGGGGCGUCCGCGUGCGACUUCAGCGGUUCCGCCACGAGACAGAGUUCCGCCUCUCCGACGGGAAGCUGCGUCCAGCUGCUCAAGUCCGCCAGCAGCGCCGCUGCGUCCGCGUCGGCUGCCGCGACGGGUGGCAGUUCGGGCGGAGCGACGUCCAAGGGUGCUGCACCGGGCCGAGUGGCCUGGCAGACGUUUGGCGUGUCGGACGCGGUGCAAGUGGGGUUGUAUUCGGUGUCUGCAGUGGGAGCAGGUUUGCUGAUGGCGCUGCUGUAG